AUAAUACAAAGACGUGGAGAUUUUGGUGAAGUAAGCGACUUUUUCUAUCAGCCUUGGGAUGCAUACAAAACGGGAUUUGGGAAUUUAUCCAAAGAGUUUUGGUUAGGAAAUGAGCCUAUAUUCGCUUUAUCGAAUCAGAAAAAAUCGGUACUACGCAUUGAUCUGGAAGAUUUUGAAGCAAAUCGUCGAUAUGCCGAAUACUCAGAAUUUGUUGUUAGGAGUGAAGUGGAACUCUUUCAGAUGACGUUCACAACGUAUGAAGGUGAUGCAGGAGAUUCCUUGUUGCAUUCCAAUGGGACGCCAUUUUCCACUAAAGACAUGGACAACGAUAAUUACAAAUUACAUUGCUCUCAGAGAUACAAAGGAGGCUGGUGGUAUAACAAAUGUCAUUAUGCUAAUCUGAACGGACUAUAUCUUCGCGGAAAUACAACAGAGGACGCUAUAGGGGUCACAUGGUUUCACUGGAUGGGCUAUGGUUACUCACUGAAAACAACAGAGAUGAAAUUAAGACCUCUUGACUUUGCUCCAGACAUUGAAGUUCCCAAAUAGUUUAUGUUUUAAUAUAACUUUUUUUGAAUGUGUAUUUCUUAAAGGAAGUCCUGAUAUAAUAUGAAGUAUAAUAUUGCCUUCAGACUAGUGAAAUAAUCUAGAAAUCCAAUUAUAAA